UUGCAAUUUACCGUAAAUCAAAUAAAGUAACGGUUUUCCGCCCAUCAGCUGAUUUCCAAACCGGUAGCUCGGGCAGCAAACGUCAAUCUGACGGACCGACAGAGACGAAGCGACUGACGACUGUGCAUCGCACGUGCCGGAAAGAGACGGAACGCUGGUGAGACCGUCGAACGCGCACACACACUCACGCACGCAACAAGAAGACGAAGAAGAAGAAGCAGAUUAGGCAGCAACACAAUGUUUGAGAAGUGAAAAAAACUCGAAUUAAAUAAUAAAUCUACGAACUACAAUAAGCAAAGGCGGGCGAAAAGGAAAACAUCAAGAUUUCGAGCACACGCAGAUUCCUCCAGAAGCUCACAAUGGAUCGAGUGACGAAGCCCCAGAAAAAGAUGCUCAUCACGUUGCUGCGAGAGACCAAGUACAUGGAGGGCAAGAAGGAGAAGGAGUGGUAUUGGGAAAAGAUCCAGGCAGCCCUGAACACCAUUGGUCCCAAAAAGACCAUUAUCCAGUGGAAGAAGUGCUGGCGGGACAUGCGGCUGACUACUAGGAAGAAACUGGCGGAGCUAAAGCGCUGUCAACUUUCUGGGGGAUCGCCUCCACCAGGAAUUGAGCUCAAUCAGGAGGACAACGAUAUUAUCGACAUAGUAGGCACCGAGUACUUCUACGAGGAAAUGAACGGCGAACUAAAGCCAGAGAACUUUAUGUCCGGUUUUGACUAUGCGCCAGAGCACCUCUGUGAUGCCAUUCUAACGGCGGCCGUGGGCCACCAUCAGCAGCACCUGCAGCACCAGAAGGAUCCACAGGCCCACGCUGUACAGCCGCAACAGCAGGAUCAUCACACCAAUGAUGGGGAGACCAACGAUGCGCCUGGUUCCUCCAAUGGCGGAUCCUAUCAAGGGCAGCCCGUGCCCCAGCUGCAAACGCACAAUGGCGGAGGCGCAGGUGGCGGCGGUGGAGGAGGAGAGCAUGGAGGUGGCAGUGGGCAGUUGCACUCGGCUCCACAGCAUCCGGCUUUUCACGGGAGCCUGCAUCCGCACCUGUUGAGGCGUCAGCACGGCAGUGGCUCGGUGCCCAGGGAGUCGCCCUUCGAGGAAAAGCUGCUGCAGUUUAUGCAGGAUGCCUUUCCGAAGAAAAGCAAGAAGCGCAAGAACCGAGAUCCGGACAAGCUAUUUCUUCUAUCCCUGUACGAAGAGAUCAAGCGGGUGCCUGAGGAGAUACGCCUAGAUGUGAAGUCCGAACUAAUGCAGAUAUUGAAGAAGUACCAAAAGAAGUCGCCUGUCAAGGCGGAAAAGUCCACGGCAUCAUCCGCGUCGACCUCCUCAAAGCAGAGCUCCAGCAGCAGUAGCAGCGGUUCGGUGGCUGCCCACCUAUCACACAGCAUGUAUCAGUUGCAGAAGAAGUACGAGAAAGGCGAUCGCGAGCCUUCGCCACAGUCGCAAGUCGAGCGAGUUAGUGCUGCCGGAGCAGUGGCCGUGCCCUUACACGCCUCCCAGCAACUGCCGCACUUUCAGUUGCAGAAGAAGUAUGAGGAGAGCGCCGUGGAGAAGGCCCACCAGCAGCAACAGCAGCAGCAGAGCGAGCAGCGCAAGCAUGUGGAGGCCGCUCAGGCGCACCACGCUGCCCACCAGCAACCGCCGCCGCCACCGCCCAAUGAGCAGCAUCUACACCACCCUCAGAUGACACACAACAUCAUGUUCCCGCUGGGCCAACUGCGCAACGAGCAGCCGCCGGCACAGCAGCACCAGCACGCUCACAAUCCCCACCAGCAACAGCAACAACAUACCCAUCAGCAGCAACAGCAAGCGCAGCAACACCACCCGCCCACAAUUUUUGGCUCGAGCGCCAGUGAACGCCCGGCAAUGUCCUACGAGAACGUCGGAUGAGUGCUGAGCCGUCUGUGGGAAGCCACUUGUGGAGCACCACGCCCUGCGACGGUGUCCCCCACGACGGCAGACGCGCAUCCCUGUUAGCCCUCGAUCCAGACACCCUAUCCUAGCCGUAUGCUAGCCAAACCUAAGUUUGCAUUGAUCUCUUGCUACGAGGCUGUUUAUAAUUCUAUGGCGAAAAUAAGCUCGGAAUGAGGCCAGCUAUAUAAAAUAUUACUGCUUCAUGUUCUUCGAAAUUAUGUCUGUGGAAUUAUGAGAGCCUGGUGGUAAGAGAUCUCGCCAUGAUCCUCAUGUAAAUGUUCCAGUGGCAAUACAAGCACAGAUUAACUGUGACUCAAGUUCUCAAUAAGUCGCGACGCGUGAAUUUAUCGAUGUAAACAGAAAUAUAAAACAUAUAUCUUUAA